AUGGAAGGUGGAAAUCAGUCUGGAAUUUCAGAGUUUAUACUUCUGGGACUUUCAGACCAGCCAGAGCAACAGAGACUCCUGUUGUUCCUGUUCCUCCUUAUGUAUCUGAUCACAGGACUGGGCAACCUGCUCAUCAUGAUGGCUAUUAGCUGUGACCCCCAUCUCCACACCCCCAUGUACUUCUUUCUCAGUAACUUGUCCCUGGUUGACAUAGGCUUCAUCUCCACUACCAUUCCCAAGAUGCUGAAUAAUCACAUAUCCAAAAACAGAACAAUCCCUUAUGCUGGGUGCUUAACACAAGUAUUCUUCUUCAUUUGGUUUGGGGGAAUUGACAGUGUCCUCCUUGCUGCCAUGGCUUAUGACCUCUAUGUGGCUAUUUGUGCUCCUCUACACUACAGCACAAUCAUGACUCCAAGGGUUUGUGCCUUUUUAGUACUAAUGUCUUGGUUGUGGGCCUAUACUAAUUCCCUGACACAUACUGUCUUGUUGACUCGACUCUCCUUCUGUGACCAUAGUAAAAUCCCUCAUUUCUUCUGUGACCUCGGUUCCCUGCUGAAGUUGGCCUGCUCAGACACUUUCAUCAAUGACUUGAUGUUCUUCACAGGAGGAGCAAUAACAACAAUUUUACCCUUCAUUGGAAUUCUCAUCUCUUAUGGUCACAUUUUCAUGGCUGUACUGAGAAUCUCUUCUGUAAGUGGGAAGCAGAGAGUUUUCUCCACCUGUGGAUCCCACCUCACUGUGGUCUGUCUCUUCUAUGAGACAAUCAUUGGGGUAUACUUCAGUCCCACAUCCACCCACACAGCCCAACAAGAUACAGCAGCCACUGUGAUGUACACAGUAGUCACCCCCAUGCUGAAUCCUUUCAUCUAUAGCCUAAGGAACAAGGAUAUGAAAGGAGCUUUGAAGAUGCUUAUUACUAGAAAACCAGGAUUCACUCUAUGA